AUGGAGCAAAAUGAUGCAGUAAAGGUGCAAAUUAAUAAAAAACCCACAAAUUCUAGCUCAACAGGUUCAAUAACCAAAUUAAUCAAGUUUUUAAACCUUAACGAAAAUUUUGCAAUGAGAGCUUCACCUUUGAAAUCAUCAAGAAUCCUAAAUCCCCAUCUCAUCUGUAAGUUAGCAAAAAGCAUUUAUUGAAAUCAAAAAUACCCCUCACUGAAUGAGCAAAAAUUUUUAAUAUAGAAAAUUUUAAAUAAAUUAUAAAUGAUAAAAUCUAGCGAAGUUCUUGAACGUAAUAAGCUUGCAUAUUGCGUGUCAUAGAAUUUAUAAAUAAAUUUAAUUUUUGCUUUCAAAUAGUUAGAAAUUUAGAAUCAUAAAUUUCAUGCAGUUUGCAUUUAUUUAAACACCUGUAUACAGCCCAUAUGGUGAUCAGCUUCGUAUUCUCCCAAUUCUGGAAUAAAAGAUGGGCUGUAUAUUGUUGCCUAAAUAUAUGCAAUACUUAUAUAUAAAAUAGAAAUACUAAUAAGUAGGAGUAAGCAACCCAAAAUUACAUCGAACCCUCAAUGAAAAAGUAUUCGCUUUGCCUUCUUUAAGAAGCAUUGUAAAGCAUAGGCUAUGUGACUCAACUUGCCCAAAUUCUACUGUAGUGUUCAAUAAGAUCAGCUCUUUAUCUGAUUUUGGAAAAAUCAAUAAACCGAAUAUAAAACAGAAUCAGAAACCUGUCGAAAAUAAAGCCCACACAGCAAAAGUAAGACCAAUCCAUCAGUUUUCAAACAAGAUUAAGCGCCCAAAAAGAAGGUUUAAUCCUAAAUUGUGCAUAUAUGGGAGCACAAAACCUAUUAAUGCCAAUGAAAUUACAUGCACAGACCAAGAUGACAUUAGCAGUCCACCAUCAACAUAUAGAAGCGAUAUGAAGAUUUUGAAAUUAAAAAACUUGUCACACGAUUUUGAGACUAGGCCGAUUUUUGAUAUGGUUACUUAAUCCCCCUUCGGUAGGAGAGAAAGUUUUUUAGACCAUCAGAAACUAUUUUUUUUUCUGAUUUAAAAUGUAUUGAAAAUAUUUCAUAUAAAAUACUUCGCUCGUUAAUAGGAUAUUAAUUUCCCAAAAUACUAGGAUUUUUAUAUGGAGAGUUAUAGAAGCACUGAAUACACCCAAAAAGUUUCGACAGCAAAAAAAACCAAAAAAAUAAAAAAUCGGCUUGUGAGUAAUUCUGAAGUAAAAGUGAUGCUUCGAGAUAAAAAAACUGAAUAUGACUAUGAAGGCUUGCAGGGGUGGGGUGAUAACUCUUCAUUAUCCAAAAGCAGAUAA